AGGACUUUUAUCCAAGUCAGAGGAAACCAAACUAACAGGGAACAGGGAGCCAGCGCGUACAUAUCCAGAGGCCGAGCCUACAGUUAUCAGUAUUGUUUUAAUCUUUCAUCGGUAGUGAAAAUGAUCCAGUGCAUGCAGUUGAUGUUAUUUCUCUCUGUUCUGGUGGCGUUUGCCGCCUGUAAUGCUCCCCCGGUACCGUUAGACGACAUCUUCAUUGAGAAAACGUUCGUGCCGGAGCAGUGUGUACGCGCAGUUAAAGUCGGGGAUUAUGUUAGGUAUCACUACAAUGGCGUGUUUCCGGACGGCAAGAAGUUCGACUCCAGUUACGACCGUGGCAGCUCCUACAACGUGUUUGUGGGCAAGAAGCAGCUGAUCGAAGGGAUGGACAAAGCUCUGGUGGGGAUGUGUGUCAACGAGAGACGUCUGGUCAAGAUCCCACCUCACCUGGCCUACGGAUCACGAGGAUACGGUGACAUCAUCCCUCCUGACUCCAUCCUCCAUUUUGACGUCCUGCUGCUCGACGUGUGGAACCCAGAGGAUGGCGUCCAAAUCAACACUUACCACACGCCCUCAGUCUGCUCCAGAAAGGUGGAGGUUUCUGACUAUGUCCGCUAUCACUACAAUGGCACCCUGCUGGACGGGACGCUCUUUGAUUCCAGCCAUACCCGUAUGCGUACCUAUGACACAUAUGUCGGGAUUGGUUGGCUGAUUGCGGGUAUGGAUCAGGGUCUCCUGGGAAUGUGUGUUGGGGAGAAGCGCAUCAUUACUAUGCCACCAUCACUUGGAUAUGGAGAGAACGGAGAUGGUAGCGACAUCCCAGGACAGGCGUCUCUGGUGUUCGACGUUGUACUUCUGGACCUCCACAACCCCAGAGAUGGGAUCACAGUGACGAAUCAGAAGGUGCCCGAGUCCUGCACGAGGAAGACGGUCACCGGAGACUUUGUACGCUACCACUACAACGGCAGCCUCCUCGAUGGAACCUUUUUUGACUCCAGUUACUCCCGUAAUCGUACCUAUGACACCUAUGUGGGACGAGGCUACGUGAUUGCCGGCAUGGAUGAGGGUCUGAUUGGAGUCUGUGUAGGAGAGAAACGCACCAUCACCAUCCCACCACAUCUGGCCUAUGGAGAGGAGGGUACAGGCUCAAAAAUCCCUGGUUCAGCUGUGCUUGUGUUCGACAUCCACAUCAUCGACUUUCACAACCCGUCAGACAGCACUGAGGUCGCUGUCACCUACAAACCAGAGGAGUGUGACAAGCAAACCAAAAAGGGAGACUUCAUCAAAUACCACUACAACGCUUCUCUAUUGGACGGCACUUCCAUCGACUCCACGUACAAUUAUGGGAAAACAUACAACAUUGUACUGGGAGCCAACCAGGUGGUCCCCGGGAUGGAGGAUGGGCUGAUGGAGAUGUGUGUGGGAGAGAAGAGGCACCUAGUAAUUCCUCCCCAUUUGGGCUAUGGGGAGAGAGGAGUCACUGACGAAGUUCCAGGCAGUGCUGUGAUGGUGUUCGACAUCGAGCUUGUAGACAUGGAGGAAGGACUUCCUGAAGGCUACAUGUUCAUCUGGAACGACGACGUGUCACCUGACCUCUUUGCUGAGAUGGACAUGGACGAGAACAAGCUGGUGGAGCCCUCUGAGUUUACUGACUACAUCAUGCGACAGGUGAAUGAGGGAAAAGGCCGACUGGCUCCUGGCUUUGACCCUUAUCGCAUCAUUGACAACAUGUUCUCCAAUCAGGAUCGAAACGGUGACGGAAAGAUCACAGAGGCAGAGUUCAAGCUUAAAGCAGAUGAAUCCACCCAUGACGAGCUAUGACGGGACUGAGUGCAACAUUCAGAUCAUGGUGUAGGCCGCAGGUUCAAUGGUGGGUGGGGGGGGGGAUACUUCUUUGGGUGGUAGAGCAGAAAAGGAUAUUAAAUGUGUAAAGUAAGUGUGGAGUGAGAAAUGUGCCAAGAGAUUUUUUUUUUAAAUCCAAGACUUAGAUGAUGGUGAAAGGAUGCUCUGUCCAAAAAAAGCCAAGAAAGAGAAAAUAGGAUUAUUUUUUGGGCAAAAAAUUUGAAAAGCAAACACCUCGUUUAAGGACUUACAUGACAGUGAAUUACUUAAAAUGUUUGUAUCUCCUGUCCUUUAAAGUUCAUGUCUUGUUUUGUGUUUUUUUUUUUAAUAUUGUUAUUUUUUGAAGGGUACAGAAGCACCACUCCUGUGAGAGAAAACAAAAAAAGGCCUCACUCUCUCCAAACACUCUUUUAUGAAUUUGUUUUUGUUAAGAUUUUUAUAGCUGUACAUGUUUUUGUUUUUAUGAAGUGGGUGUCAGCUUCCAUUGACAGUCUUCCAGGAGCAACACGUCGGUCAUCCUACACUGUUAUACACUGUGGUGGAGGUCAUAGCUACCCAGAGUUACAUCACAUGUAGUGAUGAAAAAUUGUUACAGAGGAAGUAAGAACAGGAUUUCAGCACAUAGUUGCUAGUUUACUUUACACCAUUCACUGUUUUACUUUUAAACAUUAGGAUUCCUUCUGUGUUUCCUGCUGUUCAAGUCAUCCAUAACAACACUGAGAGGUCAAAAGUCCUAACAUUUUUUGGGGGGAUUUCAAUUCUUGUAUUUUUCUGUUGGUCAACAAGGUAUUCAACGGGUUGUUUUUGUCCUCAUCCAAAUGUCUGCACAUGAUAGCAGUCUAAGACAGAGUGUGUGCGUGUGUGCAUGUGUGUGUGUUUGUGUUUUUAUGUGUGAGAAAAAGAGAGUAAAAGAGCAUGUGAAUAUGUUUUUUCAUUCAGGAGAAUACUGGGGCUUAUUGAUUAUAAAAAUCUGAUUAAAUGACCUGACCUUAA